AUGCCCAAUUACUCUGUCGGACCCUUCGGCCGUAUGUUACCUGUCAUCGAUGGUCCACCCUCUGAACAAUCCGAGCAGAAGUCAAGACCCUCUCGAGAACCGAUGGGUUCCCUCUAUCAACUUCCCCCGCCUCGAGCGCCAAUACCAUUACGAUUUGGAACAGACUCUUUCCUACGUCAGCACACUCCGACAGAAAGACCCGAGUCGGGUACAGGACGGCGUUGGGAAGACACGGGGCCAAGAAAGGAGCAACUGCCGUCGGUUAGUCAGUUGCUGACUCCCGUCUCUCUGUCAAGUGCAUCAUCUCCCUAUGAUCGCCGACCAGGCCGUGAUAUCCAGUCGGCUUAUUCAGCCCACCAUCAUGAUCACAGUCUCGCCUCCAGUGCACCUAGUGCCCCAAUCUUCCAAAGAUCCACCUACCAACAGUCAAGGAGCUUGCCCCCGAUAACCAACCCCCCGGUUCGAGACCAAGAGGACGAACAGCGGUCGCACCCGGGAACAUACGAAGCUUUGUCAGAACUACCGUUGCACCAUGAUCGUCUUUCGCACCUGGAUGCAACGCCUCCGAACAGGGAACCAGACAGUGACCUUCGUCCAUCAACGGCUACUACCGAAAAUGGACCGCAGGCACCUCCAGUCCAGCCGCAUGUGGUCGACGAGAGAUACAUAGAUGGAGAAGGGUUAUGUUAUGUAUAUGCUGACGGUUCAUAUUGCCCGAAAAUCAUAGAUGGCGUACCAGUCAACGCGAAUUGGGGUAUCACCAAGGCGGGCAAGCCCAGGAAACGACUGGCACAGGCAUGCCUCACUUGCAGGGAAAAGAAAAUCAAGUGCCAUCCAAAUCUGCCGAAGUGCGAUCAAUGCCAGAAAUCUGCACGAGAAUGCCGAUUCGAAAAUGCGCCUCGCGGCAACCGCGCUGCUUCAAAGGCUUCACAACUGGCAAGCAGGCAUGAUACUAUGUUUCAUGAGUCCCCGCGUGCUUCCAGCUCUAUAGGCACUGCACAAACUUUGGAACGAUCAACUUCUCUACCCCUCACUGCCGCCUAUACCCCGGAAUCAGAUACAACAAUGGGCACACCGUCAGCCUGGGACCAUAUCCAGCGAAGCGAUGGAGAAUCUGAACUACCGCACAGCUCAAAAAAGCGGCGCCUGAGCAGGGGAUCCAUUGGAAAGGACGGCUUUUCCAAGCGCUCCCUUGUUAGCAUCAUGGAGAGUCAGAGACAGUCCGAUUACGCUGAGAUUCUGUUUGCAAUGAAGGAUCUAGAUCCCGAUGAUCCACUGGUACGCGAAUGGAGUACAGACCCAUAUGAAGCCGAGCCGGAAUCAACCACAUAUCAUCUUGAAAAUUACUUCAACUGCGUGAAUGACAGCUUAUACCCUAUCUUUCCACGAAAGCGGUUCUUUCUAUGGGUUAAGUCAUGCCGGACCAAAUCCCUCGAUGAUAAAAUGCUGCUUUACUGGAUGUUGGCCAUGGGAUGCGUUUUCUCCGAUCGUCCGGAUAAGGCUGCGACCUUGAAAAAGUACUCCCGUACAGCUCGAUAUGCCGUGGAGCAUACGCAGAACACGCUCACUCUACAGCUAGCCCAAAGUCGCAUCAUCAUGAGUCUCUGGUACUACGCCAUCGGCGCUGUGCUUAAGGCUUGGGACUGUGUAGGGGCAGCCAUUCGGACAGUCAGUGGGUUGAAUUAUAACUUUGAAUCCUUGGGUGUUAUUGUGGACCAGAACCAAGGCUGCGAAUACUGUCUACAUCCACAGGCGUUAAUUGAAUGUCGUCGUCGGACGUUUUGGGUCGCUUACUUGAUGGAUCGGUUUUCAAGCUUCAAUUCACCUUUCAUACCCUCCCAAGCGGCUUUCUUGCGUUUACCUUGUCGGGAAGAAACCUACGAGGCACAGCAGUACGCGACUGUGCCGUACUUCCGGAAUAAAGCGCCAUCAUGUGCGGAUGAUAUCUCAGUGUUAAGCCCAUUGGCGUUCCUCAUAGACAUUCUGUCCUUGUGGGGAGAUGUAUCCGACCAGGGGUUCAAACUAUUUAUGACUUCCGCUGAAGCAUACAACGACAUACUUGAAGCAUUUUAUGCAUCGAUUGUUGAGCGGUGCGAUCAGUGGAAUAGGAAGCUCCCCGAUGAACUCGCGAUCACGGCCGAAAAUAUCGAGAGAAGCAUUCGUACCAAGAAAGUAAAUAUACUCCUCCUCAACCAUAUGAUUUAUCAUGACACCUUGUUGAAGUUGAACCGAUAUGUUCGAUAUGAGGAUCUUCGUGCUGUAACAGUAGACCGGUUUAUCUGCAGAGCCAGACACCACGCAGUCGAGAUUCUACAGAUAUGUCUGACCUUUUUACAGUACGUAUCAGAACAUGGCUCUUCACGAUCUGGUGCAGAAUUGAAGUCAUUUCAAACGAUGGUCUUCAAUCCCUUUGUGGGCUACGUGGUCCUCUCCGCGGCCGAUGUUCUUAGCGCAGCCGGUCCAAUCACUGGGCUGUUCGACUCCAUCAGCCUUAUUCGAGGUGGACUGGAUAUGGUACGAGGACUUAGUCGCCACUGGCAGGGAAUGUUCCCCUUGGCUUCGUUGAUCGAAACGCGGCUACAUGCGAUGGUCGAAUCUCUCAGCUCCCGACCAGACAAACUAGGGUUCGCGAUGGAUAGUACAUCGCUGGAGGCUGCGGCCCGCUCCCCUACACCUAUAGCUAGGCAGUGCAGCCUCAAAACACAGCAGUUGAACAAACAGGACCUGCUGUAUGGGGGUCUGCCUCGGGAGAGGUUGUUGAUUGCUUUGGGGGUUGAUGCAUCGUCGAAAGAUAACAUUCUCUGGAUUCAGGAGAAUAGUUACCAGUAA